UUAUUCUUUUUUUCUUGUAGGGCACAAAAAUUGAGCAAUGAAUAAAUUACGGCAGAGCUUCAGGAGAAAGAAAGAUGUCUACGUGCCUGAAGCCAGUAGACCACACCAAUGGCAGACAGAUGAAGAAGGGGUUCGAACUGGAAAAUGCAGCUUCCCGGUUAAGUAUCUGGGACAUGUGGAAGUGGAUGAAUCCAGAGGAAUGCAUAUAUGUGAAGAUGCUGUGAAAAGACUAAAAGCUGAAAGGAAGUUCUUCAAAGGCUUCUUUGGAAAAAGUGGAAAGAAGGCAGUUAAAGCGGUCCUGUGGGUUUCAGCAGAUGGACUCAGAGUUGUGGAUGAGAAAACAAAGGAUCUUAUAGUUGAUCAGACAAUAGAGAAGGUCUCCUUCUGUGCUCCAGAUAGGAAUUUUGACCGAGCAUUUUCUUACAUCUGUCGAGAUGGUACUACAAGACGUUGGAUAUGUCAUUGCUUUAUGGCUGUAAAGGACACGGGAGAGAGGUUGAGUCAUGCAGUUGGCUGUGCAUUCGCAGCAUGUUUGGAGCGAAAGCAAAAGAGAGAGAAGGAGUGUGGGGUGACAGCCACCUUUGAUGCCAGUAGAACCACUUUCACAAGGGAGGGGUCUUUCAGGGUUACUACAGCAACUGAACAAGCAGAAAGAGAAGAAGUCAUGAGACAAAUACAAGACAUCAAAGUUGAAACAGAUGUGAAAACAGCUGCUUCGAGUGUUGUACCUGGGAAUACAGCUCCAUCUCCAGGUUCGCCAACUUCUCCUACUGCUGAAGUUGCAACUUCUGCUGAAAAAGAAUCCAGCAAUCCUCAUGCCAUCCCCCGACGGCACGCUCCUAUUGAGCAGUUAGCCAGACAAGGGUCUUUCCGGGGUUUCCCUGCUCUUAGCCAGAAGAUGUCUCCAUUUAAACGCCAGCUUUCUCUACGAAUCAAUGAGUUGCCCUCGACAGUGCAGAGAAAGACUGACUUUCCUAUAAAAAACUCAGUUCCUGAGUCUGAAGGAGAAGUCGAUAGCAUUAGUUCGUUGUGCUCCCAGAUUACAAAUGCCUUUAGCACGCCAUCUGAGGAUCCUUUCUCCUCUGCCCCAAUGACAAAGCCAGUAACAGCGGUUGCACCACAGUCACCAGCUUUUCAAGUUAAUGGCAUUGCCCCUGCCUUCCAUGUGUUUGCUGAUAAACCCGCUCAAACUACUGUAGCACCUACAGCAAUACCACUUCGUGAAACCAAUCCUUGGGCUCAGGCCCCCACUGCUCCAGCUGUUGCUAAAACUGGAGCUGUAGCUUCUCCUUCUGCUGCUGAAUGGAGUGCUAACUCAGGAGCUGCCUCACCAAAUAUGUUUCAGGGAAGCCACAGACGCACUCCCUCGGAGGCAGACCGUUGGCUGGAAGAAGUAUCUAAAACUGUCCGGUCACAACAGCCUCAGGUGCAGUCCCAGCCUGCAGCUCCCCAGCCGCUCCUCCAACCUCCUGCAGUGGUUUCGCAGGCAGCAUCAUCUUUUCCAGGUGGCACCUUCAUUGCACCUCCACCAGUACCUAUUGGGGUGGUGCAGCCCAUGCAGCCUACGUUUAUCCAGGCUCAGCCAUAUGCUGUAGCAAAUGGAAUGCCCUAUUCAGCUCCCAGUGUAACCAUGGUUGGAAUCACCCCUUCCCAGAUGGUGGCCAAUGUCUUUGGCACUGCAGGUCAUAGUCAAGUGUCCCACACUCAACAGUCACCCAGUCUUAUAAAGCAGCAGACAUUUCCUCAAUAUGAAACUAAUAGUGCUACUGCCAGCCCUUUCUUUAAACCCGCUGCCCAGCAGCUCAAUGGUUCUGCUGCUUUCAAUGGUGCGGACCCUGCCAAGUGGCCCACAGAGGACAAACAUGUGCUUCCGCCUGUAGCUGUCCAGCAAGUGGAUCCAUUUGAAGCACAGUGGGCAGCACUGGAAAGUAAAUCGAAACAGCGUACUAAUCCGUCUCCAACUAAUCCUUUCUCCAGUGAACUACAGAAGACAUUUGAGAUAGAACUUUAAGCAAUCCUGUGGCUUGUACUUCAUCUCUGUGUAUGUGUGUGUUGGCAUUGGAUGUAAGAUUGUACUAGGGGCAGCAUUUUUAAUUGCUCAUGUCCCUCUCUUUGGAAUUAGGUUGGGGAUAUAGAGAGGGGACAGUCAUGGGAAGAGGCUCCUAAACCCAGCCUUUUGGGGUAUAAUCCAGGAAACAUACCCUUGCCACCUGUUUGGGAACUUGAAUGGCAAAAGGAAUCUGAAAAGGGCUGAAGAAGGGAGCUGAACCUGAAGCCCUUUUUCCACAAAAACUUCAGGAAACCUCAUAAGCUGAAAAGCAAAUGACUCACCACUAUCUUAAGAAUGUGUCUACCUUCCUGUGAAUGGCCCAUUCCCUUGUGGAGAAAACAGGGGUUAGGGGAUGGAGGCACAGUAAUGCAUGGGCUGGUGGAGAAAACAUGAGAGCUGCUCAGAAUACACUAUCAGUGGAAAAGGAUGAGCUUCCAUUUCAAGUAAUUAUAUAUAGAAUAAAGCCAAAAUCUUUAUUUUUAUGCAUUUUAGAUUAUUUUAAAUAGUUCUAGUUAUUAAAAGCUGAAUGAGUUGUAAGUAAUCUUGCCAAAGUUAUAAAAGGGGAUCGGAUGUAAAAUUGUACAUAAGAUUGAUUUAUCACUGAUUCUUACAGUCAGUAAUAUGGGAAUAUGGUAGGGAGCAGAGUUCCUAGCUUGUCCCUGUCUGUAUCAUUGUAAGUAGCAUAUUGCAACUACAAUCAUGAAUCAUGACCAAUUUUAAAAAAUCAUUGUAGAGUAGUGUAAGAACAGUAUUGUCUUGGUUUGAAAACAAUUGGUAAAUUUUAUCUUUUUUAAAGCAAUCAGACUAGAUAUUAGAGUUCAUAUAGGUUCUUUCAUGUACUGCUGCAGUUUAUUUGUCUUACAUCUCUUUUAACACUACUGUGACAACUGUAAUUAUAUCUACAAUCAGGUCUACUUAUGAACCCAUUUUAGGUGCAUUAAAUAGAUUUUAGAUUUUUUAAAAUGCUUUUCCUAUUGUUUUAUGUGAAAGCUUGUAGCUAGGCUGCAGCUAUUCCAUGUCUUUCCUCUGGCAAAUCAUGAAGUCCAUCUCAUUUUUAAUUUUACUCUUAAAACUUGGCCUUACAAGCAAAUGUAAGUUAUAUAUUUGUACUGAUGAUUUAUAAUCUGCUUUAACAGAAAUAAAUGUUGGUAGUAGAUUAUGUGUCUUUCUCAGCAGGUUUCCUUGUUGUUUUCCUGCAGCCAGUUUGAUCUCAAUUCAUUUGGUGUAUGUUUGAUCUACUAAUAGCAGGGCAAGAGAUAUACUCCCAUUUGUAUUGAUUGCUUAAAGCAGGAAUUGCAACUUCUGGAAUUUCAGCUUGCUCUUAUUUUGAAUUUUGUGAGUAUGAUGUUUCUUACCGCCCCCAGAGGAAUGUGGUUCUUACAUAUUGGCCACAUUCCCCAUUAAGUGAUUAUCACUGUAUUAUUCAGAAAUGGCCCUGAAGAACUUUGUGUUUGUUCUAGAGCAUUAUUCACGUUCAUUGUCUAGAGCCAUACCUGAUUUUGCUCAGUUUUAGAGUGUCUUAGUACAUAAUGGAACUUAAUGGUAUUGCUGUUUAAAAUUAUAGCACUUAAGUGGUUUAUUUCAGUAAGAAGCAUGUGUACUCUAAAACAUAGCUACCUCAAAUGUAGGUGCAUAUAUGGUGAUAUAUGAAUCUAGACUAUGCCAUACUGCACUUGAGUAAAAAAUCCCUCUCUUUUUGUCCUUGGUUUAUUCAUGCCUUUUGAAAAUGUAAAUGCAUGCAAUUCUCAUAAAGUUGCCACGUAGACAAUAAUUGAAUAUUGUCAAUGAAACAUUUGUGUAGAGCCUAAAUAAAUUCCUGUUGGGAUCAGAGGCAAGAAUUUCCAUAAUCCGGUAAUUUUGUACAGUGAAUGGACAGUUACUGAUUUACUGCAUACAAGUCCCAAUACUUUAAGGCCUUACUUCUGUUGCAGAAACACUUUUAUAAAACCAGGCUUACUUUAUUCUGGAUCUAGGGAAAAUGAGCCUCUUCUCUCAGAACAUGCAUUCCUUAUGGGGAUUGUUAUGUGGAAUGAAUGAACAGGUCAUGAUCAAUGGUUGAUUGUUAUGUUACUAAUGAAGGCACAAUUCUGUCUAUACCAUUUCAUCAAUACAAAUUAUUGAAAGUGCUUCUCUCAGAUAUGCAUUCAACACUAAUCUAGAAACAAUAAUAACAAGUAUAACAAAAGCUGCUUUGCUAUCAAUUUACCACUUCUCUUUAAUAUUAUUAAAUAAUAAUGCUUUUCAGUCAUGGGAACAGAUGCUAGGGUAACCCAGAUUUUGAAAAAGGGAUUAGGAGGUGAUGAGCUAACUGGUCUAUAAUUUCUUUUAACACCUGCUUCAAUAAAAAAUAAUUGAAAAUACCAUUUAAACACAUAGAAGAAUGAGCCGUGCUGAAAACUAAUCAGCAUGGCUUCUGCAAAAGUAAUCUUGUCUCACCAAAAUUUUUGAUGAAGUCACCCACCCAGCUGCCAUGGAGUAAGAGGAACAGGUGUUUUAGUUGGAUUUACAACUGGUGAAAGAAUGAAGGAGGAAUAAAUCAGCAAUUCUGACAUUGGUGAGGUGUGUAUAAGUGGGGCCCUUAGGAAUCAUGUUGGGACUGAUGCUUUUUAACUGAUAUAUAAAUGAUCUGGAGUUAGGUCUGAGCAGUGAGGUGGCUAUGUUUGCUGGGAAUACAGUACUGUUCAAGGUGGUAAAAGUGAUUGUGAAGGGAUCUGAAGGGAUCUCUCCAAACUGGGUAAAUGACAGUGUAUAAGCAAGUAUAUAUGGAAAGGGAAAAUUUAUAUUAGGGCAUUGGAAACAGAACUACUGAUAUACUAAUGUCUUUACAUGUACUUGUUGUGAGACCAGAGUGUUGUGUACUGUUCUAGUUGCUAUGCUUGAAGCAUAUUAUAGAAUUUUAAAAGGUACAAAAAAGCACAACCAAAAUGAUCAGGGGAUGGAGCAACUCUACUACAAAGACUAUAGUAAUUGGAGUUCUUUUGGACUACAGUAAUUGGACUGAAGGAGAGAUUUAAUGAGGAUAUAUAAAGUAAUCCAUGGCAUGAAUAAUGUGGAGAAAUAUUUUUCUCCCUUGCUUCAGGUCAUCCAUUGAUAUAAAACAUAGGGAGAUUCAGGACCUAAAACUUUUUCACACAGCACAUAGUUAAACUGGAAUUUAUUGUCAGUAGCUGGGGUAAAAUUAGCCAGUUAGAAUGGUUUUAAAGGGGGGUUGGCAGGGUCAUGGAAGAUCAUACUUUUAGUGGUUAUUAUCUGGUAUCUGUUGAUUAACUGAACCAUAGGUAGUAUGCCUUAAAGCCUGAUUUCUGGGAAACAAGUGGAAUAAGACUACCAUACUCCAGUUUAGAUUUUAUACCCCAUCUUUCUUUCAAGAGCUCAAUGCAGCUUAAAAGGGGAUCUCCAUUUUAUCCUCCCCUCCCCCCCACCCCCCGUGGUAGAGGCUGGGUUGAGAAAAAGUAACUGGCCCAAAUUUAUCCAGUGAAUUUCCAUGGCUAAGGGUGAACGUGGACCCAUAUCUCCUUGGUUCUAGUCAAACACCCUAACCACGCCACCAUACUGGCUGAGUUCCACCAUGAUAGCUUCUAAGAUACCAUCAUUUAAAAAGCAUUAAAACGUGCCUGUCGACUUUUCUAUUCUGAAAAACUGGCCCUCUGGAUGGUCGAGUGCUUUUUUAAAAUGGUCAUGUGCCUGUUGCAGAGUUACCUUCUCAAUCCAUUAAAGGGGAGGUAGAGUUAAUGGAUCACUGUUUUUGAUGAAUGGCAGUCCCUGAGGAAAACUUGUGCUUAUGACUAUAAAUCAGUGUUUCUCAACCUCAGCAACUUUAAGAUC